AUGGGUGGAAGCAGUCGUAACGAUCGCGACUAUUCUAUUGGAAGUUCUUCCAGAAGACCACGUCAAGACGACAAUGGAAGUAGUUCUAGUGUUGUCGGAGAAGUUGGAAGGGAAUUUGCAAAUCGCUAUGGGGGGCUAUUCUCUGAGAAAGACUGGAAGUGUCCCAUUUGUUCCAAUAUUAAUUGGGCAAGGCGAACGGAAUGUAAUCAAUGUAAAACCCCCAAACCUGGUUCAGAAACUUCAAUGGGUUCACGAGAAGGUCGCGGGGGUGGAUUUAUGGAACGAGAUGAGGUAGUUGAGUAUAAAAAGUCAAGGGAUGCUGAAAAGGAUGACGAAUACGAUGAAUUUGGAAGGAAAAGGAAAAAAAACAGAAGCGCAAGUAACAAUAACUAUGGAAACGUUCUCGGUCUCGGUCUCGGUCACGGUCACCAUAUUAUCGUGAUCGCUCGGAACGUCGAUCAUAUCGUAGCAGAUCGAAUUCAAGAGAUCGAUCAAUCUCCCGAGACAAUAGAAAAUAUAGUCGAUCAAGAUCGUUAUCUAGGGAUACCAGGGACCAAAGAAGAUCAUACAGGAGUCGAUCGCGUUCAACUUCCAGAAAUCGCGGAAGACGUUCCAAAAUCUCAGCAAGAAACUUCAAACACUACUGAAUGUGUUGAGGGUAUUGAUGCUGAAAAUGAGAAUUCGCAUUCUGAUCAAAAUGCUUCCAAUUCAGCAAUAAUUGGUAUGGAACAAUAUACAGACACAGAUGAGAAAAACGAUGAGAUCGAUACCGAUUCAAUAAUGAGGGAUAAACAAUAUCCAGAUAAAGACGAGAUUGUUUCGGGUAAAGUUAUAAUCAACAAACCAAGUUCAAUGGAAAUUUCUAGAGGCGAAGCAGAAGGUAAAGAAAACAAAGAUAACAAUUCCGGAGUUGUUCCGGAAAAUGUUAACGAAUCAAGUUCAAAUUUUAUGGAAAUUUCUAGAGACGUAACAGAAAGUACAGAAAACAAAGAUAAUAAUUCAGGGGUUGCUUCGGAAAUUGUUGCGAUCAACAAAUCAAGUUCAAGUUUAAUGGAAAUUUCUAGAGAUGUGGCAGAUAGUACAGAAAACAUAGAUAACGAUUCAGGGGUUGUUUCGAAAAAUAUUAUAAUCAACAAAUCAAAUUCAAGUUUAAUGGAAAUUUCUAGAGACGUAGCAGAUAGUACAGAAAAAAAAGAUAACAAUUCAGUGGUUGUUUCGGAAAAUGUUAUAAUCAACCAAUCAAGUUCAAAUUUUAUGGAAAUUUCGAGAGACGUAGAAGGUACAGAUAACAAUUCAGGGGUUUCCCCGAAAAUUGUUAUGAUCAACAGAUCAAGUUCAAGUUUAAUGGAAAUUUCUAGAGACGUAGCAGAAAGUACAGAAAACAAAGAUAACAAUUCAGGGGUUGUUUCGAAAAAUGGCAUGGUCAACAAAUCAAAUUCAAGUUUAAUGGAAAUUUCUAAUGAGGCAGAAGGUACAGAAAACAAAGAUAACAAUUCGGUGGUUUUUUCGGAAAAUGGUAUAAUCAACAAAUCAUGUUCAACAGUAAAUUCUAUGGAUACAGAAAAUGAAGAAAUCAAUAAAGAUAACAGUUCAGAGUCAGAAAAUGCCACGAUAUGUUCUAUGGAAGUAGACGAUACAGAAGCCAAAGGAUCCAGUGAAGACGCUGAAAUUUCAGAAGGAUUUGAAAAAUUCAUUACUAAUGACAGUGACUCAGUAGUUGACAAUAAAAGUGUUAGCGAGUCGGAAAAUGAGAAAGAUACAAAUGAAAUAAAUACUAUAAAUACGCAAAAUGAUUCUAAGGAGGGUGAGGAAGGAGCAGAGCAUAGAGAAGAAAUGGCAGAUCAUACCGUGAUAUCUAAAAAAACCCGUCAAUAUAACGACUCAGUAGGGGUAGAGGAUGAAGAAGAAAUGGCAGAUCAUACCGUGAUAUCUAAAAAAACGCGUCAAGAAUAUAACGACUCAGUAGAGGUAGAGGAUGAAGAAGAAAUGAAAGAAACGCGUCAAGAAUAUAACGACUCAGUAGGCGAUAAUAAAAGUAUGUCCUUUAACGAGCCAGAAGAUAUGAAAGGCACAGAUUAUACAAACACACAUGAUUCUGAGGAAGAAAGAACGGCAGAAACGCAUCGAGAAUCUUCUGAAGAACAACCAGAGGAAGUAGAAAGAAAAAAAAAGCUUGAUGCUAUUUUACAUUCUGAUAAAAGUAAUAUUAUUGAAGAAGAUUCAAUGUCAGAAGAAGAGGAUGAGUUACCUUCUGCACCUAUGCUCGAGGGAUUAUGUGUAGAAUGUCGAGAUCAGGAAGCAUCGUUCUUUUGUGAGCAAUGCAAAGAAGAUUUUUGCGAGGUGUGCUUUUCCAUGAUUCAUCGAACCGGAAGUCGUCUAGAACAUAUUCAUCGUCCACUUAAAGGAGAAACAAACGACUUACAAGAUAACAGCAAACAAGAAAUUAUUGCACAGAAGGCAUCCGAUGAUCCCAAUAUUUCCAAUAGUUCUAAUGGUUCCAAAAGUGACAUAAAUCAAAAAGAAUCUAAACAGGUAUCAAAUGAAUUUGAUACCGAACCAGCACCCACACCAAUUUUUAUUUCCAGUGGGAGUUCAUCUUACGGCGAUUGGAUUGAGGAGCGCGCUAAAUAUAUACCACUACGUCUGAACACGGAUGAAAGGAAACGUUUAAGAUUAUUAGAAGCGGCGUUAAAUGUAUCAGUUCUAAAACAAAUCGAAUUGUUUAUCAAAUUAAGGAUUUAUGUAGCAUUUUGUCCGGCCUUUUCCGAUUACAAUAAAGGCCAAGAACUAUUCAAAAAUAAAUCGUUUGAAGACAACGAAGACUUUUAUCAAACAAUAUUUGAAAUAGGAAGACGGCAUAAAAUUAUGAACCCUGAAAAAAUGAGAGAUGCAUAUGGCAAGUUAAUGUACCUGCUUAUGGACUCCAUUAUUCCAGAAGUUAAAGAUUUGCUACAGUUAGAUUUGGUUAUACCCAUUAAAACUGUCUACAGUUUCCUAGAAAAACAGGAUGUUCUCAAAAUUCUUCAUCAUCAAUUAAUUCCCGAUGCUGUGCAAGAAAUUAUUCCAGAUGGAAAAAGUCGAUCACAAAUUAAUCAUGAAAUUCGAAAAAAAGAAAGAGCAAUUGAAUUAAUUAGUAAUCAUUUUAGCAAUCAUAAGAUAAGUCCGGAAGAAAUCAAACAGUGCUUGUAUAGUAUUGGUGAUAAUCAUGCAUAUUUGAGGUCAAAUCGUGAUUGUUGUAUCAAAAUGCUUAAAAAUUUAACAACCUAUUUUAACCCUUCAAAGAUUGAAUCUGGUUAUUCUUUGGCCAUUCGUUCUGGAAAAGGCGGCGCACGCCUCUCACAUGAUCAUGAGACGCAAUUUUUCUAUGCAAAUCAAACCAUGUCACUUUGGCGUGAAAUUCAGAAUGAAAUGUUUAAACUCUGGUUUUUGGCAGAUCAAGACUUAUUAUCAGAAAAUAAUCCAUACCGACUAAAAGAUACUGGACAAGGUUUGAACAGAAUGCAACGUUGUCCUUCAGUUUCGCACGUCAUGCAUUCUAUUCUACACCGUGCUCAGAAAUCAGCGGGAUAUUGGAUUGGAAGUUCCGUCAUUCAUUUAGGGGACAAGAAUGUUCCUAAUGCGUUGAUGUUCAUUGAUAAGUACAAUCAAGUAUCGCGAAUACUGAAUCCAAUACUGAUAUGUCUUGAGGGUAUUCAACCCUUAACAAAUGGUAAUACUGGAAUUCGUCGCUACAUAGAAGAUACUUUCGGAAGUGUUGAAGAACUCAAAAAAGGUAUUUGCGCUGAUUUUUUCCGUUUUGCUUUUGAUGGCAGUGGUGCAGACAAUUUCUUUGAUGCCGGAAGUUGUAUCGAUGGACGAUUAACAAGUGCCUGGAAUUGGUGCUCGCUGAUCGAAAAGAAAGCAUAUUUCCCUGUGUUUUUAUUGACAGGAUUUGUUGGUUUCGAUGGAGAAGGAUUUUAA